GAACAUCGCCUGGGUCGAAUCGACAAACCUGACUGAAAACCCGGAUGCCGCACCUUGCAACGACUUUGUCAUGAGGAAUAUAAGUUGUUCGCAAGGACGUAAUGUAAAUGUUUCAGUAAAAAUACAACUAUUGAUUCUGUUAACUAUUUGUUGAAUUCAUCAGCCGUAUAAAAAACUAUUCUCAUGAUGUCUGGUGGUCGAAUGAAGGAGUACAAAGUUGUCGUACUCGGCUCAGGCGGUGUGGGAAAAAGUGCCUUAACAGUUCAAUUUGUUACGGGAAAGUUUGUUGAAAAGUAUGACCCAACGAUUGAAGAUUUCUACAGGAAAGAAAUUGAGGUUGACAAUUAUCCUUCAGUGCUUGAAAUACUCGAUACGGCUGGCACUGAACAAUUUGCGUCUAUGAGGGAUCUUUACAUCAAGAAUGGCCAAGGAUUCUUGCUCGUGUUUUCAAUCAUAAACCAACAAACAUUCCAGGAUCUAAGAGCUAUGCGAGAACAAAUAUUGCGUGUGAAGAACACAAAUACUGUUCCAAUGAUUCUAGUGGGCAAUAAAUGCGAUAUAUUUGAUGAACGGGAGGUAAAUGCGAUAGAAGGGAAGGAAUUAGCUGCUGAAUGGGGUUGCCCGUUCUAUGAGUCAUCAGCCAAAACUAAACAAAACGUCGACGAAAUAUUUGCAGAAGUUGUUCGACGUAUGAAAAUGGCACAAAAUAGUUCAUCCUCUAGCGGUUCAUGUUGCGUAAUUCUAUAAACAAUUAUUAAUAGAUUCUAUACACAUCAGUACAAUGCAUAUAUACUUUGACCUAAUCUAACCUUUGCUUGCUAUUUUUUUGUUGUUGAAUAAUUCUUGGUACAGGCCUCUCACAUACAAAACUUCAUUUAAGGUUUUGGUAAGAGUGUGUGAUAUUGGCUUGUCUAGUUUGUUUCAAUUUUAGUUGUGCUAAAAUGAUCAUCCAUGAGAACAAAGUAUGAAAAUUCAUAAAUCAGACAUUAACUGUCAUAAGAUAAUUUGUUAAACUUACACAAACAUGCACAUUAAUGAUUUUGAACUUUAUGUAUACCUAUCCACAUUAUUAAGCAUAACACAGUAACAAAAAACACUCAUAGCACACACAUUUGUGCAUGUUGUUUGUUUGACAAAGAAAAAGUAUGGAUGUAUUUUAGAAGACUAGAAUUGGAAUAAUUAUCGGAGUAAUCACUAUAGUUCCUCAUUGUAACACCAGCUUUGAUAUAGAACUUUAUCAAAAAUUAUACCCAGGGCUCAAACUUAUCGUUAGGUCAGGUCAUAUAAUAAUAAAAAAUCACAAUGAAUUUAAUUUAAUAACUUAAAAAAUUUACCAGUAUUAAUUUUGAAGUUAGUGUAAUACACAUAAAAGUUUUUCUAAACUAAACUAUGACAUAGAUGAAUGAAAUUUUCUUAAUCAA